AUGGACAUCGUCUAUGCGCUGAAACGUCAGGGCCGCACCAUCUACGGCUUUGGCAUGAUCGGGGAGCGCCUUAUGGGUUGCAGUGAGAGAAUCGGGCCACCCCCCUGCGACCUGUGGCUGGGAGUUCCAGUUCCGUUGUACCAAAAAGUGGGUACGGCCACUGCAGUGCCACCAGAUCCAUCUUACGGCUGUGACUGUGUCCUGACCAGUGCAACACCCGGUACACCCAAUGUGGCAAAAGUAGCUGUCCGUUUGGGAGAAAACUCCUGUACCACCUUUUGCGAAGUCGAGGGUCAAGACGCUAAGACGGAGUCCGACAUCGGUGAUCACAUGGCUGGCACCAGCACUACUAGCUCGCGUAAGUCGAAGGCUCAUAAGGCGCCGGAGACGGUGGACGAUGAUGUUCCCGUUGGUAAAGGCGGUCGCCAGCGCAAAGUUCUGAAAGAGAGUAUCCAGGGAAUCACCAAGCCAGCCAUUCGACGUCUGGCACGCCGCGGUGGUGUGAAACGUAUCAGCGGCUUGAUCUACGAGGAGACAAGGGGUGUUCUGAAGACGUUCUUGGAGAAUGUUUUGCGUGAUUCGUCCGAUCCUGAGCAAAGUAAUUUAAGCAGUGAAAGGAUGCAGACAUGA